UUCCCCACCGCCUGACCUUGGGAGGUCCGCGUUCUGGGACGCUCCGCUCGCUGCGCGUCUCCCCGCGGGGCUCAGGGAGGGCUCUGGAAGGGCGGCUGUGAGGGGACCGCGGGUCUCGCCGCUGUGGGUGCUGUCAGCUGCUGUCCCUGUGUCUAUGUGUGUGUCCCGCCGCUGGGUGAAGGCCUGCCGGGAGCAGUGAGGAGCUGCGGACAGCGCGGGUGGAAAUUUUCUCGGGUUCUUGUCCCCUGUGCUACUGAAAUCAUCCCUAACUAAAGAUGCAUCCAGACCUGUCUCCUCAUCUGCACACUGAAGAGUGUAACCUAAUUAUCAGUCUGCUCAAGAAGUGUCACAAGGAGCACAACAUCUUGAAAUUUUUUGGCCAUUGCAACGACAUCGACCGUGAGAUGCGGAAAUGCUUAAGGAAAGAGUAUGAAGAAAACAGGGCCAUGAACCGGGUGAAGCGACAGAGGGUCAUUAAUGCUCACAGGAGCCCCGAGAAGUGAGCGGGGCUGGGGCUGCAGCUGCAGCUCCACACGGACACUCACUUGGAAUUUGACUGAACACUGCCUGAUCUAUCACCAGUGGUUUGGGCAAGGGUGAAAAAAUAAAUGCACCUACUGCACACUCAUUCUCAGCAAGGCAGCCAGUGUGGAAAUAAAUAAAUAGAUCGCUCACAACUUAAUUUUUGACCUCUAAAAGGGAACUAUCGUGGCAAGUCUUUGUUCUGGCGUAGUUUUAUGAUUGGUAAGUAAUGAGGAGUUGGGGUGUGUGGAGUGCUGUGUAUUCAAGGCUACUAUAUUCCCCAAUUUGUGCUGAAUUGCAUUUGUUUCCUCGUGCUUAGCAGUUUCUCCCUCAUUUCUCUGGGUUCUGUGUGGGGUUUUUUGUUUGUUUUUCAUUGCAAAGCGCUGAAUGACUUUCUCCAUCGCUCUUUGUAGCGUCGUGAAAGCAGCUCUCACAUGGAUUAGGAAAAGGAAAUUUUAAACAGAUGUGGCUAGAAAUUGGAAAUUUCCUAUCCAGGAAUAAUUGGGAGUUCUAGUAUUUUUAUUGGAGCUAAAAGGAUGCAACUACUGUCUUCAGCUGAGGAGAUUAAAACCCCUCCCUGCCAACCGUGUGAACAGUGUCGGCUGUUGUAAGACAAUUUGUUCAUCGUACCCAAAGCAAGCGGCUUUAGAGUCUCCCAGUGGAACAUUUCCAGGGAUUUACAAAGCUUCCCCUUGGUUUUUGUGGAGCACAGUCAAUGUGUGCUGAGUGAUUUUUUUUUUUGAAGAGGAGCACUGCCAAAAAUACAAGCUAAGCAGCUCUUCCAUGUUCCCCGGUACAAAGGUGAAGUUAUGACUGUUGCAGUUGGAGAAAGGAAGUGUAAUUUGCCUUUCAGGUGGGCAAGAAAACUCGUGUUGUGUUCCCAAGUUGCCUCUUAAGCUGUUUAUUUGCCAUCAGAUUGCAGAGUCCUCGAGAAGUCACCGAAUUCAGAUGAUUUCCUAUCAAAGCAUCCACUGGUUUGCCCUGUGAUGGAGCUGCUGUUUCUCUGUGUCUGCUGCAUUCACCUCACUUUUAAAUAGUGCCUCUGUUCUGCCAAGCAACAAAAGACUGUUUUGAAAAGAUUAAUUUUAUUCAGCCAAAUAUACAAAGUGUCUUGAAACUUUUUGAAAGAAGGGUACCUAUUCUACAGUGAGCUGGAUGGUUUGUUGUAAGAACCAUUGCUGAUAGUCUUGAAUUUGGUACAUUGGAUGAUGUUUUGGAAGUUUUGGAAGAAAACUGUAUUUUGUGCUCUAUUUUGAAAGGUGAAUUAUGUAUUGUACUUAUUUUUCAACACCUGGAUGGACCCAGUUAAAUUGGUAAAACAUAACCACAACUGUUUACAGUGAAAGUUCCAAGAAAAGCUGCAGCAAUUGUUUUUGCAUCUUCAUGUGCUUUUUGCUUUCUUAGAGCAAGUAAAUGAUGCACUGUUGAGUUAAUACUUGAAUGGUUGGAAGUGCUUUAUUGGUAUUUUUCAGAGUAUUUUCAAAGAGUACUUUAUAGAGACCCCCCAUUUGGGAGCUCAGCAUCCCUGAUUCUUCCAUUUGAAAUGACAGCCUACUUCAGGCAAGCUCUUAAACAGGAUUUGUAGUCUUUAAGUAAAUAAAUAAACUGAGAAUUGUUCCAGAGAUUAGGUUGAGAAGCUGACAUCUGAGUGCAGAAGCACUGAAGCUUUUGUUUCUUUCAUCAGCUUCUGUGAGCCCCGAUCUUUCACACAGCAACAAAACAAAAAUCCAAGAGCCACUUAACACAGCUCAUUAGUCAGAAUCAUGUUUUCAGAGAUCAAUGUGCUUAGUGAAUGAAAGACCAAAUGGAACACACAAUUUCUAUUGAUACUUUGAACUACAUUCAGCAAUAAUUCUAUUUUACAGAUAAGCUUUGUUUACUUAGUGAAAGUCUGAUCUUGUUCAUCCUUCUGUUUCUCUUUGCUAAUUGCCCACUAGUGGUGUGAGAUGAGAGUGCCCAUUGACUGCUCUGGGUUUUGUUCCUUUUGUUUGAGAGAGUUUAUGUUGCCAAUUUGAUCUUGAAGUGGAGAAACACUGGUGCAAUAAUACUUAUGAUUUCACUGACAGAGAAAGGGGAAAGGGUGAAAUGGUAAAUGUGUUUUUUUUUCUUGUUUUCUAAAGUGAGCUGAGUGGUGAGAGGGGAUGCCUUGGGUGAAAUAAACUUUAUCUCUAAGGACUUGGAAG